CGUGUUGUAGUUUGAACCGCUCUCCCAAACCAACGUUCUAAUGGUGGGAAACUUCAGAUGUAUGUCAAUUGUGAUUUAAAAAUUAUGUUGACUUUGUGAAGUUGUGCUUACAUGUUUAUUGUAAUUUAAAUGUAUUGUCGAAUGUGAUAAGGUUCAUCUAUAUUUCAAAUCAAAAUGGAUGCUGAAAAAAAUGAUGGAAAAUCGGAUUUUAUGAAAGACAUAUUUAUUGUCAUGAAAAGGAUUUACUCAGCUUGUGAUCCGGAAGGGACAGAUUCCGUUAAAGUUUCACAGUUAAUAAAUUUUAUUAAACCUUACAUACCAGAACCGGAUGCCUUGAAUUGUUUAAGAAACAAUCUUGAUCCUAACAAUGAAGAUGUGUGUGUAACAAGCAAGUUUUUUUUUGAUGUUAUGAAUGAUUGGGCAUUGUUGAUCAAUGCUAGUGACAAUAUGGAUGAUGAGUUUAAUCGAUCACCCAGUCAAAUGGACUUUUCUAAUCAACAUCUACCACUCAAUCAGUCAACACCCAGAACUAGUUUUGGGCAAAAAUUACUUAACAAUUCAGAUUUUCUUAAUUUCUCCAAUGUCUCCACGUACAGCUUAGGCUCAAAUAAACCAGCACCAGCUGAUGUAAGUUUAUUCGAGGAAAGAAUUAAAAUGCUUCAACAUGAAAUUAAUAAGGGUAAAGCUGAAAUGGACAUGAUGAAGAUCCAAUUGACCAAUUUUGAGGAUCAAAAUGAACUGCUCCAAAUAGAUCUCAACAGGGCUAAUAAAAGGAUUCAAGCUGAACAGUUACAAAAUGAAAAAUUACAUAUUCGUAUAAAAGAAAUUGACGAAUUGAAAGAAGACAUUAAUACUUAUAGGAAAAAAAUUGAUGAUUUGAUUAAGAAGAAUAAUUCUGCUGAAAAAGAUAAAGACAAACUUCAGAAUUCAAUUGAUGAGCUAGAACUAAAGAUUAAUCAGUAUAAGAAAAAAUAUGAUGAAUCUUGUAAGAAUGAACAAAUUACUAAAAAGAAACUACUGGAUUUAAAAAUGGAGAUGGAACUUAAGGAUAGUGAAAUAGAGGACCUGGUACAAAGAAAUAUGUCCUUUAACAAUCAACUGAACCAGUGCAGAGAUAUAAUUGAUUAUAUUAAGUGUGAGAAUGAGCAACUGCAAAGGCAAAAGGACGCGAUGGAAAAGGUGCUGCGUGACGAGAAGGUCAUGCCGCGCUACGGAUCUCCGAGCUACGUAUUCAAGAGCAUCUUGGCCUCCAAUCAAGAACGAUUCGCCCAUUCCUAUAGGUCGUGCGACGUGUUAUCCUCAUCGUACGCGUCGAUCUCGACGCCGCCGCCCACACACUUGUGGAAGCCGAGACCGUCCGAAAACAGACCGGAGGCGAUGAGUCUGCACAGACUUGUGCUGACCAGGAGCGCGAGCGUCCAGGACAUCGGCAGCGGCUUCAAAGCGGAGUCCAAAUUCAUGCCGGAAUUGCCUGAUCUUAAUGCGACGUCUCCUUCGACGUCGUUUUCGGGUUUGGACGACUCCAAUGCCAGCGACGAUUCAUUCACGAUUUUCAACAACAAAAUGAGACUCUUAACUCCGUUGUUUAAUAAGCGGCAUUCUUUGCAAGCUGAAUUAGAAGAGGCCAAUGUUGAAGUUGACGGAAAAUCUGGCACGAUAAUUAACGAACAACUUAUCGAAAAUUUAAGAGAACAACUUAAAGAACAUGACGAUUGUCCAGAGAAGAUCAGGCAGUAUGAAGAAGAAAUAUAUAAUCUAAAAAUGGAGCAGGAAUCCAUUAAAGAGAAACUAAACAAUUUGGAAAUUGAAAAUGACAAUCUACGAGUGCAUAUUUUGGACCUGGAAGGCGAAGGCUGUAAGACUGCGGCGGAAUUCUACGGUUCUAUGUAUGAAGAGCCUGAAAGAGAUGAAUCUACCUUUAGUUUGGAAGGUUUGAAUUUAUGUUCUGAUGAUGAGAAUCCAAAAAUCAGAAAAUUCCUGCAAAUUAUUAAAGAUUUACAACUUCACCUUGAAAAAAAGGAUAAAAUCGUUGAGGAAUUACAGGAGAUGAAAGAUAUACUGGAAAUAUCCCUAAAAAAGAGUGAAGAUGCAGUUGCUAGUUUGGCUUCAGAUCACAAAAACUGUGCUAUUAUAAAAAAUGGUCUUUUCCAACAAAUGAAGGAUAUAGAGAAUGAACACCAAAAAAUAAUUUCAAAAUAUGUAGAUGAACAAACCAAAACUGUGAAAGAAAAAUAUGAAGAGUCUACAAAGUGUUUGGAAAGUAUAGUGUGUGAUCUAAAGGAACAAUUAUCCUCCAAGGAACUCACUAUAAAGAAUCAAGAAGAGGUUAUUAAACAGUUAAAUCUUAAAAAACAGAAUCUUAAGGAAGACAUUGACCUUAUUAAAGAAUUAAAUUUAAAACUACAGACUUUAGAAACAAAAUUUGAACAUACUAGUAAUUUAUUAGUCAAAGCUCAAGAAGAAAUUCGUAAAAAGAACAGUAUAAUGGACAAAUUGAAAGAUCAGAUGGAAGUUACAAGUAUUGCGGAUAUUAAUUCACGAUUAAUGACACUAAAGGAAGAACACAAAAAUACUACUGAGAUGUUGUUAAAAGCUCAACAGCAACUUUGUGCUAAAAAUAAUGAAAUAAACAAACAAAAUCAUAAGAUUGAAGAGAAUAGAAACUUUAUUGCUUCUUUAGAAUCACAAUUAAACACUCAGAAAGCAGAAAACAAACAUAUUAAUGAUUUAUUAUUGAAAGCCCAAGAGAAAAAUGAGGAAUAUCAUAAAAAAAUUAUUUUGAUGGAAGAUGAAAUGAAUGAGAACAACAAAAUUGUGGAUCACUUAAUAGAUAACUUAUCACAAUCCUCCAAAGAAACCGAAAAUUCCCUUCAAAAUAGAUUUGUUAGACUUGAAAAUUUAAUCAACACAUUAAUAAAACAAGAAGAUCAAUGUUUAAAUGAAGCCAUUUCAAUAUUGCUCAAAUUCUAUAAAGGAAAUGACACCAUCAGCGGAACUCCUAGUGAAAAAGUGGCCAAGUUGUCAAAAUUAUUGAUGGCCCAAUAUCAAGACAGCCUUAAAGAAACGGAAAACCUAAAAGCGGCGAAACAAAUAGAAACAGUUAAACCUAUCUUCACUGAAGUAACAUGCAAUCCACUUAGAAAUAGAAGUGAAAAUAAUACACACAAAUCUGGUAGUUUUGGCAAGCAACAAGCAAGGAUUAGCAAUUUGGAAUUACGUCUAGAAAAGAGCGAGAACCUUUUACAAACAAAAGAAGCAAAACUAAAGCAAAAAGAAGAAGAACUGUGUUCCACAACUAAAACUUUAAGAGAUGUGGAAGCAAUGCUAGAGUCGUUCAAAGCAAAAGAAACCGAAUAUAAUUCUAUGAUAAGUCAAUUAAAGCAAAAAAUAUCUGAUGCAGAAGUAACGGUACAGUCUUCUAAAAUUAAAGAAACUGAAUAUAAUGCUACGAUACGCCAAUUAAAGCAGCAAAUUUCUGAGGCUGAAACAACUGUACAAUUGUCAAAAUCCAAAGAAGCUGAAUAUGAUUCCAUGUUACAUAUAUUAAAACAACAAGUUUCUAAUUAUGAACAACAAAUCAACAAGUAUAAAGAGGAAAUCGUUCAGUUACAGGAACGUGAAGCUGAAUUGAACUUGUUAAAAUUCAGUCACAUUUCAAAAUUAGAACAGCAAAUGAAACAACUAGAGGUAGUAAAAGCUGAAAACGUUAAAGAAGUUCGGAUGUACCAAGAAAAAAUUGAAGCAUACGAGAAGCAAGUGGAGUCGUUAAAUAUAUCUCACAAUAUGAAUUUGAGUUUGGUAAAAAUCAACAUGGAUAAAUUACAUAACGAAAUGUCGACCGUGAAACAAUCCUAUUCGAAAGUGUGUGAAGAAAAUGCAGCGAUGACGACCCACACACACAAUCUUGAAGAGGAGGUGUCCAAUUGCCACGACAAAAUAUACGAACUGACUUGUUCUUUAGAUGAAGUUCAGAAAAGUUUAAAGUCUGAAAAGUCAGCUCUACAACUUAAUCAAGAAAAACUGAAGCACAUCGAAACGUUAUUAGAAAACGCAGAGAAAUCAUUGGACAUUUCGGAGAAAACUGUGGAGAAAUACCAUCAAACCAAUGAACUGUUAAAUAGCAGAACUUCAGCCUUGUCUUCAACAUAUGAACAAUUUGAAAGGGCUAUCAAUAAAAUUAUUAGUGUCCUGAGGGGGAAAUGUCAAGAAUUGUUCGCAUAUAAUAAUGAAUUCCGUCAAGUCUUCGAUGCUAAGGAAGACGAAGAGGUAUCAUUUUGCUCCCACAUUGAAGAACAUCUUUACAAGUUUGGCAUCCUUAUUAAAAAGGCGACAGUAGUUUUGGAUAUUGUUACUGUCCAAUUCGAAAAAGAGAUGGAACCAAUUCUAGAAGUCGAAAAUGAGGAUGUAGAUGAACUACCUAACCUUCAAUCGAAAUCGGAUUUGGGCAAAAAGUAUACACUUCGUCCUACUCGUUUAAUGACCACCGCCCAGCAGCCCGUUAGUCCCGAUAGUCCAUCUCUUGAUAUUGCGUCGUCUCUAGAAAGUCCUGAUAGCCAUGGAAAAAAUUGGCUCUUAAUUUCUUCUUAUGAAGAUAAAAUUUCACCACCAAAUAAGGAUUUACUGCACAUGCAGAGCUUUGAGUAUGAACACUUAAUUGAAGACUUACAACAACCUUUUCCAAAUAUGACAGAUUCCUUCUUGGAAAACUUGGGUCUCCAUGAAACCAGUGAACUAUGCAAGAGGUCGAAAGAGGAAUUAGAGAAAAUGUUCGCAACAUUGGUGAUGCAACUAACCAUAGAUGCAAAAGAUUUCGAAGAGAGACGCGAAAGGCAGAGGGAGGAGUGCAUACUGUUAAACAAGACACUGAUUGGCUUACUGAAAGAGGUGGGCGACAUGCUACUGAAAGAUCGCCGAUGUAUCUGCGGCGCGGACACUACGAAGCCGGUAUUUAUCGCGAUAAGAGACUUGCGAACUUCCACGGAGCGGGCGCUGGUGGCCGCCGCCAGAUACGGGGUCAUCAGCUACGAACAGCGUAUGAUGAAAUGCUGGGACUUGGUGACGAAUUAUGCGGCGAUGCUGAGGCAGGAGUCCGUCGACCAUGGCGACAACGGAAAACUAUCGACAUCGCCCUCGUACACGGAUGCUGCUGAGAAGAACAGGAAUCGAGAAUCGGGACAAACCGUCCCUCCGACCAGGCCACAGAAUGCUGUAGCUGUGCUUAAUCUUGGUCCCAAUCUUUUAUUUACCAUCGGUAUUAUACUGACUGUAUCCGCAAUAUUGUUCUUCUUGGGAACAAUGGCACACUUGCAUUGCAGAUUGCUCUCACUGGAUGGAGAGGAGUGCCCAUUGGACUUUUUAAUUGAAAAAUCGAACGACGGUCCACCACCAUUUUAAACACAUGUAUUUUCUGAUAUCAUUGUCUGAUAUUUACUUAAAACAUUUUUGUUUCUAAUAUAUGAUAGAUUAAGAAUA